CGCCGGGGCAGGGGAAGGAGUGGGGCGGAAUGUCGGCGGUGUUGGGUCCGGAGCGGCCGCAGGUGGUGUCGCACGUCCAGCAGGCGCUGAGCUACACCGUGUUCGAUUGCAAGUGGGUGCCCCGCAGCGCCCGCCUGAUGUGCCUGGGCAGCGCCGCCCGCGGCACCGGUGUCAUCCAGCUGUACGAGCUGCACGGAGCCCGUCUGGAGAUGCUGCGGGAGAUCGAAAAGCCCAAACCUAUAAAAUGUGGAACUUUUGGUGCUACAUCUCUGCAGCAAAGAUACUUAGCAACAGGAGAUUUCGAUGGAAACCUUAACAUAUGGAAUUUAGAAGCUCCUGAAAUACCAGUGUAUUCUGUGAAAGGUCAUAAGGAAAUCAUAAACAGUAUAGAUGGUGUAGGUGGCUUAGGAAUUGGGGAAGGUGCACCAGAAAUUGUGACUGGCAGUCGAGAUGGAACUGUGAAGGUGUGGGACCCAAGGCAGAAUGACAUUCCUGUGGCUAAUAUGGAACCUGUACAGGGGGAGAGCAAAAGAGACUGCUGGACUGUGGCAUUUGGUAAUGCUUACAAUCAAGAGGAACGUGUUGUAUGUGCCGGAUAUGACAAUGGGGACAUUAAAUUGUUUGACUUAAAAACCAUGUCACUACGAUGGGAGACCAACAUUAAGAAUGGGGUUUGCAGUGUGGAGUUUGACAGAAAAGAUAUAAAUAUGAAUAAGCUGGUGGCCACAUCACUUGAGGGAAAAUUCCAUGUUUUUGAUAUGAGAACUCAGCAUCCAGCCAAAGGUUUUGCUUCUGUUUCAGAGAAGGCACAAAAAUCUACAAUUUGGCAGGUUCGGCACCUGCCACAGAACAGAGAUAUAUUUAUGACAAGUGGAGGAUCUGGGAGCCUUCAUCUCUGGAAAUAUGAGUACCCAGCCCAGCGCUCGAAGAAAGAUUCAGAAGGAUCUGAGAUGGGCGUGGCAGGGUCUCUUAGUCUCUUGCAGAAUGUGACUCUGUCAACACAGCCCAUCUCUAGCCUGGACUGGAGCCCUGACAAAAAGGGACUUUGUGUCUGUGGGGCUUUCGACCAAACUGUGAGGGUGCUGAUAGUUACAAAGCUUAACAAAAUUUGACAAGAAAACUAGAAUUUCUGAUGAGAAAGCAAUAUAGUUUGCAGUCUGUAAAUAUGGGAGGGGGAGCCCUUCUAUUUCUAAUUUAAUUUCUUCUUUAAUAAAACUGGAUUAAAGAAAUAGAAGCCAGAUUUUUCUAUUGAAAGAUCAGAUACGUGCAAUCAGAGUUGUUUGGCUGAUUGUGCUGUCAUGACUUGAAGUUGCCUGGGCACAAAAUUUAACCUUCUAGAAAUGUGAAUUUACAAUGAAAAUAAAAUGUGCCUUUGUGUUAACACAGCUCUGUAAUUGCAGAGUUCACUUGGGUUUGUGUUCAGUUUAUUCAUAUUGCAAAUCUCUUCACGCUUGUUAAAUGGUUUGGCUUUAUUUGAUAUAGUGUUGUCCAUGUGCAUUCAUGCAGUGGGAACCACUACAGAAACUUGUUGUGUUACUGGAUUUAUUAAUUAGAAUGUUUGUUUAAGUGACUUAGGAUUCUUUACUACAAUGGAGAAAGCAUAACAAAGGCUAAAGUACUCAGGUUUAAAGGAGUAAGGUUUUUAUUGAAAAUCAUACUGAAAUUAAACUAUCGAGUAAAGUGCACUGUUUUAUUAUUUUAGUUUGGUUUCCUGUUAAGUUUAUAUGUUCUGUUGCUUUUAUAUCUGUUUUCAACUUGAUAUUCUACAAAUAAAAUUGUGUAGUGUUUUCUUAA